GCACUGCUCUUGCUCUGCCGCUCUGUGUGUAAGAGAAAAUUUUAUUAUUCGUGUGACUGUUGUUUGAAGGUGAUGUGUAUGAACAAAAAUUAUUAUUAUAUAUACACAUAAUAAUAAUAAUAACGUCGAGACAAGAAAUUUAAAUUAACAAUCUGCUGCUGCUUUGCUGUUUUGCUGGCUCUUUUUUUCAUAAUAAUAUUUUAUAACACUAAGUUUUUUAAUGCAGUAUAAAAAAAGCAACUCAUUUCUCAAAUAUGUGUUUGUGCAGCAUAGUGAUUGAAUGAAUUGCACAGUGGCGAGCGAAUGAGCGAUAAAUAAAAAAUAAAUAAAGUGAAAUAAAUAAAUGAAUAAUAAGAAGAAAAUAAAGUGAACUAAAAAGUGUAUUUUUUUUAUUAAUGAGCAACUUAGUAGUGCAACUAGCAUUAAAAAAAUAAAUCGAAAGAAAUAAAAAAUUUAUUUCAAAUUUUAUAGUCAAAGAUAUUAUUUUCUUUCGUAACGUUCGGUAGUUUCUGAUGGUUUUAAUUGAACUUAUAAAAUUAGUUUAAAAAAUAAACAAAAAACUUAGAAAAAUGAACCUAAUUUAAGUGACAAUCCUAAAAUAAAUAAAAAAAAUUAAAGUGAAGUGACAAAAAAUAAUAAAAAUAAAAAAUAUCACAAGAGAUAAAAAAAUGUUACCAAUGAUGAAUCAACGUCUUCCUUUACCGCCGCAUCACGGUUUAGGACUAUUAAACUCAUUCAUGCAUCAUGCUAGUCCACUUGAUCUCAUGACUACUGCUGCACAUCAUCAUCAUCAUGAUCAUCCACCGACACGCACUUACAAUACACAACCGUCCUUUGUUCCCUCUGAUCCAACCGAGAAUGAAUGCAAAAUUGUCGAAUAUCGUGGACAGAAAGUGGCCGCAUUCAUCAUCGGAGGUGAAACGAUGUUAUGUCUGCCACAGGCAUUUGACUUGUUUCUCAAAAAUUUGGUGGGAGGACUGCACACAGUUCAUUCAAAGUUGAAACGUUUGGAUAUAACACCAUUAGUUUGUACAGUUGAACAAAUCCGAUUACUUCGAGGACUUGGUGCACUGCAACCAGGCGUAAAUCGAUGUAAACUACUAUCGAGUAAGCAUUUUGAUAUUCUAUACCGGGACUGCACACAAGCAAGAUGCUUGUCGGUGAAGCCAAAUGAAAACAAUAGACGAGGACGACCGCCAAAGCAAGGUCUUCCAUUUGACGACUACAAUGAUGAUGAGCCUGAACAUGGAAAGAAAUAUCGAUUAGAUGAUAAAGACACAAACAGUGAUACAACACAAGAGGACGGAAAUGGUAAAUCGAAAUAUCCAUCUCUACCCAGUGAUUAUAAUCCAUCUGCUAUGCAUUUGAAUCACAUACAAUUUAUGCAAAUGAAUCAACAUCGAUUAGCACAAUCAAAUGCAAUUAUGGGGCAGGAAUUACAGGCACAACAUUUGCAAAGAGCAAUUGAAGAAAAUAACAAUAAAAAUUCAAAUCUUGCAAAUUUACAUCGACCAAAUCUGUGGGAGACGUGCAGUGCUUCCUAUGAAAGUUUCGUUAAAAAUCUUGAAAGAUUGCGAAAGGAAAAGCUGGAAGAGAAUCUCGAGAAUGAGAAACGGCGACAUUCAGAAAAUGGCACGCCAAAUGAAAGUCCCAUUUUAAAUUUAUCAAAGAACCGUGAGCGUUCAACAUCACCUGAAUAUAAUCAUCGAAAUGAUGCAUCGUCGCCGGGUGCAGAGAGUGCGGAAAAUAUGGAUGCGCAUGAAGAACGUUCUGAUGAUAUGGAAGUGUCCGAAAAUUCACCUCGAUCGCGUUCACAUACACCACAACUUGGCAGCAUGAAUAAUAAGAUGAAUUAUAAUCCACGCGACUUUUCACGUCCCGCACCGACAAUUGCAUUCCCAUCAACCGAAAUCUUACUCAGAAAUAUACAAGAAUUGCUUAAAGUUGUGUUGGAAAAUUCUAUACAGCAGGAGAGACAAUUGAGUUUUGAGAAAGCCGAGUUGAAGAUGAAUGCUUUGAGAGAACGUGAAAUUAACAGCAGUUUGGAGCGUCGAUUGUCGGAAGAGCAGAAGCUGAGAGUCUUAUAUCAAAAACGAUACAAUCGGGAUCGAAAAUAUCGAUUUAAAUUGCAGAAGCAGAUUGAAGAAGAAUACGAAAAACAUAAUCGUUUAGAAGAGAUUCUGAAGAAAUCUGGCACAACUGAUACGUUAAAGAAACUUGCAGAAUUUCUGCGAGACAGUAAGAAAAUGUUCAAUAACAACAUCUCAACAGGAAACAACAACAUCAACAACAAUAGUAUUAAGACAACGGCGAAGGAUGAUGAGAAGAGUGAUGACGAGAAACCACGAUUAAAAGAUAUCGUAUCCAAUGAUACCAAGGAAAGUGAAAUUUCUAGUCCAAAGUCGAAUUAAUCUCCAUUAGUCACAGUCGUAAUUUUUUGAAGUACAUAUAAAUAUAAAAUUAAUAUAAAAAAUAAUAAAAAAAAAAUUAACAUAAAAUGCUCAAUAUUUUAAUCCCACAAUUUUAAAUACUCGAAAAAUAAUUGUGUAAAUAUUAAUGAAAAUGAAUAAAAUUUUGAUGAUCAUUGAUUACUCCAUGGAUCUCUCUA